AUGGGCGCGUCAUUUUAUACUCUCGAGCGUGAAAAAUACUUCCGCAAUCCUCCAACGGAUAAGGCCUUCUACCCGCUUCUUAACUCGGCCGUAGAUCCCCAUGUUGAAUCAUUCAAUGCCCUCACUGAAGGACCUGGAGGUGGUCUUCUCAACCUUGGUGUCAAGGAAAUCGGUACAAAAGUUGUCUUUGACAAUACCUCUAAAGAGGUUCUUGGAAACAAACUUUCUUACCGCAUCGACAAUGUUCAAAUCACAAAACCGGCCCCUCGCGAUAUGGACAAAAGUACUAUCAACAGAAAAACAAUGCCUUCAGAGUGCCGCGAACGUCUUACUUCUUAUCGUGGUCGUCUAAUCCUUCGUCUUGGAUACCGAGUUAAUGAUGGCCAAGAACAGUUUGAGACUAUCGACGCUGGUAUGCUUCCAGUCAUGGUCAAGUCUAAUCGCUGCAAUCUCCAGGGUCUGUCUCCUGCCCAACUUGUCGCAGCUAAGGAAGAAUCAGAGGAACUUGGUGGUUAUUUCGUCAUUAACGGUAUCGAGAAACUCGUUCGUCUUCUUAUUGUUCAACGCAGAAACCACCCCCUUGCAAUCAUCAGACCCUCCUUUGCAAAUAGAGGUCGCUCAUACUCAAAGUACGGUAUUCAAACCCGUUGCGUCCGUCCAGACCAAACUUCCCAGUCAAUUGUCCUGCAUUACCUCAUUGACGGAAAUGUUACCCUCCGUUUCUCCUGGCGCAAAAACGAGUACCUCGUCCCCGUCGUCAUGAUCCUCAAGGCUCUUGUCGAAACAAAUGACAGAGCAAUCUUCGACGGUAUUGUUGGAAAUGAAACCUCAAACUCUUUCUUGACUGAUCGUCUCGAACUUCUUCUCAGAUCUUUCAAGUCUUACAACCUUUAUUCUCAACAGGAAACUCUCGCUUAUCUUGGUGACAAGUUCCGCGUCGUUUUUGGCUCCCCUCCUGACAUGUCUGAUGUUGAUGUCGGUCGUGAGGUCCUCCGAAAAAUUGUCCUUGUCCACCUCGGCGAUGACAAUGCUGCUAAAUUCCGUAUGCUGCUCUUUAUGAUCCGCAAACUCUACGCUCUUGUCUCUGGCGAGUGCUGCGCUGACAACCCAGAUGCUGCCCAGCAUCAAGAAAUCCUUGUCGGUGGUUUCCUCUACGGUAUGAUCAUUAAGGAAAAAAUUGAAGAGUACCUCCAAAACAUUCGCUUGCAGGUCAUGUCUGAUCUGAACGGCAGAACAGGUGUUAAGUUCAACGAUCCCAAAUAUAUUCGUCGGGUCCUCAUGCGUGUGAAUGACAAUAUCGGCCAGAAACUCCACUAUUUCCUAUCCACAGGUAACCUUGUGUCCUCCUCAGGUCUUGACUUGCAGCAAGUCUCUGGUUACACCGUUGUUGCGGAAAAACUCAACUACCACCGUUUCAUUUCCCAUUUCCGCAUGGUCCAUCGUGGUGCCUUCUUUGCUCAGCUCAAAACCACAACCGUCCGAAAACUGCUCCCAGAGUCAUGGGGGUUUUUGUGUCCUGUCCACACCCCGGAUGGUUCCCCAUGUGGUUUACUUAACCAUUUGGCCCACAAGUGCAAGAUUGUGACCCAACCAAGUGACGUUUCCGCCGUGCCUCAAAUUCUUGCUGAUUUGGGCAUCUCUCCACCAAACUCACUUACCUCGGGCCCCCACUCGUGUGUCGUGCAGCUCGACGGUAAAGUCAUGGGCUGGACCACUCAUGAGCGUGGUGCUCAAAUUGCAAACGUCCUUAGAUACUGGAAAAUUGCGUCCUCCGAGUCUAAAAAACUCCCAGUCGAUCUUGAGGUCGGCUACGUUCCUCCCUCGCGAGGCGGUCAAUACCCAGGCCUGUUUUUGUUUUCACAGCAGGCUCGCAUGAAGAGACCAGUCAAGUAUUUGCCAACAGGCCAAGAAGAUUGGGUUGGUCCUUUUGAGCAAGUUUACAUGGACAUUGCCAUCACCCCAAGCGAAAUUGAGCGCGAUGUUCACUCUCACGUCGAGUUCUCCCCUACAAACAUUCUCUCUAUUCUGGCAAAUAUGACUCCCUUCUCGGACUUUAACCAGUCCCCAAGAAACAUGUACCAGUGCCAGAUGGGUAAGCAGACCAUGGGUACUCCUGGUACUGCUCUGAUCCAUAGAUCUGACAAUAAGCUUUACCAGCUGCAAACAGGCCAGUCACCUAUUGUGCGUGCCAAUCUUUUUGACGAUUACGGUCUUGACAACUACCCCAACGGUACAAACGCUGUUGUCGCUGUCAUUUCUUACACUGGCUACGAUAUGGAUGACGCCAUGAUUAUUAACAAGUCUGUUCACGAGCGCGGCUUUGGUCAUGGUAGUAUUUUCAAGGUCGACCACAUUAACCUCGACGAAAAGCGUCGUCGCGGUGACCCCGUUACCAUGCACUUUGGGUUUGGUCAGGAUAACUGGCCCCAAGAAUGGCGCAACAUCCUUGACGAGGAUGGUCUCCCAAUGAUUGGCUCUAUGGUCACUGAAGGCGAUCCCCUUUGUGCUUAUUUCGAUGAGACCCUUGGUAAGACCAAGGCCAUGUGCUACAAGUCAUCUGAGGUGGCAUUCAUUGAGGAAGUCAAGCUCAUUGGUGAUGAAGGUGACACCGAGUUCCAGCGUUUCACUGUCAAGCUGCGUAUUCCUCGUUCGCCAGCCAUUGGUGACAAGUUUUCAUCACGUCACGGUCAAAAGGGUGUUUGCUCGCAAAAAUGGCCUGCCAUCGACAUGCCUUUCAGCGAAUCUGGAAUGCAGCCCGAUGUCAUCAUUAACCCACACGCUUUCCCCUCGCGUAUGACCAUUGGUAUGUUUGUCGAGAGUUUGGCAGGCAAGGCUGGUGCGUUACACGGUAAAGCCCAAGACAGUACACCUUGGAUGUUCAGUGAAGAAAACACUGCUGCUGAUUACUUUGGCGAGCAACUUAUCAAGGCUGGCUACAACUAUCACGGAAAUGAGCCAAUGUACUCUGGUGUUACUGGCGAGGAGCUUCGUGUUGAUAUUUAUAUUGGUCUCGUUUUUUACCAGCGUCUUAGACAUAUGGUCAACGACAAGUUUCAGGUGCGUUCCACAGGUCCUGUUAACUCUCUCACUAUGCAGCCUGUUAAAGGUCGUAAGCGCCAUGGUGGUAUCCGUGUUGGUGAAAUGGAGCGUGAUGCUCUUAUUGGCCAUGGUACCGCUUACCUGCUGCAAGAUCGUCUACUCAACUGCAGUGACUAUACCCAAACUUUUAUGUGUACUGAGUGCGGCUCGCUGCUGACACCGCAGCGUUCUGUUCCACGGGUUGGUGGCAGUCCUGUUGUGCGAUGCCGCCGGUGUGCGCGCUCGCACGGGUUUGAAGAUAGCAGUUCCAGUGACACAAACGCUGUGGGCGAUGUCUGGGAGGACGGCUCUGGAAAACGCUUUAAGGGCGGCGAAAAGAUUGCAACGGUGGCUGUGCCUUACGUUCUUAAAUACCUGGACUCGGAGCUGGCUGCUAUGGGUAUCAAGAUGCGGUUUUCGGUGACUCCCAAGCCUGGCCAUUAG